AUGCUUGCACAUGAAGUCAGACAGGAGGAACUGGUAUUCCAACUUGCAAACAUUGGCGGGUACACAGCUCCGCCAAGAACUACGAUCUCAUCGGAUACUACAGUUACACCUGGAUCUUCUCGCUCCAGGAAAUGGAGUCAAGGCCGAUUCCAGAAAAUGGGCAAACCUAAGAGCCAGCCUCAUUAUCCCCAAAUUAGCCCUAGCAGCUACCUUAUGGAACGUAAAACGUCCGAGGGUAAAUGGCACAGUCAAGAAACUCCGUAUUUUGUGUCCAAUACGCCGUCUACACCUUGUAGCAGGUCCCUGAGUCUAUUGGAAGUUCCCUUGAGGUCUACGUCGAUUCCACACUCAGAAGUCAAAUCGGAAAAACCAACUUUGCCAAGAAGCACCAGCGUGCCUCAAGAUGGUUGGAGAUGUGCACUUCCCUCUAGUGCAAACGGUACACCUCCUAGGGUGAAACCGUUUGACCAGCCAAACCACGCUAGAAAUAAAAAGUCCUAUGUCAAUGAGCCCUGUUGCUUGUGCCAGGAGUUCAUAUCCUGUCGAGCAAUGGGUGAAAAAGUCAUUGCGCUUGAAUGCGGCCAUUUAACUCACGAAGGGUGUCUGAUGGCGUAUUUCGAAAAGGCGUCUGCAAGUCCAAGCGUCAUGGAUAUGUUUCCUGUGUGUCGAGAGUGUGACGAAAGUGUGCGUUGCAUACCUUCUGAGCCCGACCUUAGAGAUCAGUGCAUUUCACGCAUUCUCAUGAGAGGCAGUCCCUUGAGAAAAACGUUUACCAACGUUGAUCCCAAGCCUUUGGUUCCGGAGCAAUAUGUCGUCAAUCCGCCCAAUGUUGUCCCGCUGGGACUCGGAAAGUCUCAGUACGGUGUGUUUAGAAGAACCAGUUCCUCCAAAAAAAAUGUAAAAGAGCUCUCUCUUCAACUCACUCCAUUUUCUAGCUCGACCAACGCAAACGCAAGGGGCAGUAUCGUUUCUGGUAUAUCUUCGAUUGUGUCAUCCGUCCCAACUCGCAACUCUUCUGAUGCCGAGGAUGGAAGUCGAUCUUCGACCUUGGGCUCUGCUCCUACGAUGCCGUUGACAGUUCUUCGCUCUUUUUAUUCCCACAAGCUUUUGGAGAGCUUUCCUGAAAAUCUGCGAAGCUGGGAGUUGGAUUCCAAAUUUGGUCUCUUGCGAAUCGUUGAUCGGCUGAUGUUUUCGGAGGACGGUAAGACAUAUCAUGACUCUUGUUGCUACCUGUUCACCGACGCGUUGUUGAUCGCCCUCGUCUCACCGACUUUCGAUCCCAGAACUCCUGCCGGUAUGCGGUUUGACAAGUUUCUGAUACACCAUCCAUUAUCCAGUGUAAGUGUUGAUUCGCUCAAUUCAUCGGUACUGAAGUGUACGAUACUGAGUGCCAUGAAGAAUUCAAAAAUAAUGCAAGGCUCAACGUUUUACUUAACGGAGUCGCUAGACUCAGACAAAAGCCAGGUCGUGGAAAAGUGGAUUUCUGCACUUUUGAAUCAAGGGAUCGUGUUCAAAAGCUCCAACUUUUCUUCAACUUUACCGCCCUUGCCAGUCACGACAAACCCUUUCUCAUCUAGGCUGACAGUUCGGAGAACUGGUAGAAAAUCAUCCGAUAUGGAUUUUGAAGACGAACUGAAUGAUACGGACAUUAUUGUUCGCAACAGUAUAGUUUUCCCCGACGGAAAGUCUCGCAGAACUACCAUUACAUCGCUCUUGUCAUUGCAACGCGAUCGUCCCAAAAAUCUUGCCAUUGUCCUGCAGGUGAACGCAACUAAUUUGAAAGAUGCCGAUUUCCUUGCCCUCAUAAAUAGUCUGCGCGCCCUGAUAAUGAAUAUGAAAGAAACUCAAAUGUGUCUAGUCGACUCUAGCGGUGGGGUGAUUGAUCAAGGUCUGGCCGAAAAAUUGCUAGUUUUGCUUCAAAACUUGAAGGAUGCGUCGCAUAAAUUCACUGCUGACCAUAGGCCCAGAUUUUCGCCAACACAAUUCAAGGAUGCUUGUUGCUCUAAAAUGACUGAUAAGGUUGGCAUUGUCGUCCUGUCCAACACGUCAGUCGAAGAUGGCAAAUCUUGUCUCUUGAUGGAUUACAAGGUUUUUUCAAGCACCAACCGAAAUAGGCCACACGAGCUCAAAGUACACGUAGGUUUUCUUAACGUGGACUAUACGGAUCAAAUUUCUGAGCUGGUUGAAGUCUCCUCAUUUCAAAGCAUCCUGGAAACUGUGUCUUACGGCUUCAACCUCACGUUUGGUGAAGACGAUGACGAUUUUGAUGAUGAUGAUGAUGACGAAAGCGACGCUGAUGAAGAUACAAAUGACCAUGAGAAGGACUCUACUCCGGAACUUACCAGCAGAAACUUAGGUACGCACAAUGGUUGGGGAAUAGAAGAAACGAAUGACAGGAAUGUCGAAGAUGAGGACCAUAACAGUGACUUAGUGGACUACAAUGCCUAUCGAGAAAGCCUUUGUUCGACUUUGUCGUCACCUUUAAGUCCUAGCAAUCGGACGCUUUGCGAGGCAUCAUGUACAUAUUCGAGCUCUUCAAAAAACACGAGUCAAAUUUGCGGACCGGGAAGUACAGGCAGCUCAUUCUAUUCACCAAUUCGCAUUCGAGAUCCGAACUCGCAAGGAGCGCCACAAGAUGACUUCACGACCCGCAGGUCCGCAAUACGCUCCUUGCAAUUGGAAGGUGAAAGUUCAUAUAGUAAGUGCGAAAGUCCUAUGUUUCCUAGUUUAGCGGCUCGGGCACAAGAUUUUCCCGGAUGGUCUCGUUUCGUGGAGGGCUUUAACAAGGUCGUAGACGAAGCGAUUGAUUGUCAAGUUGAAACCAGUGAUGGCAAGAAACUGUCAGUUCUUGGGCAAUCAAAUUACGGUUAUAUGUAA